AUGGAACCGGGUGUUCAAGAACCAGCUGCGACUGAACCAUCUGCCAAUGGCAACGAGGCUCCAGUCCAAACGGCAGAUGAGCAUGCCUCUCUCAAAUACUCCCUGCUCGGCCCAUCUCUGACGAAAGCAGGGCAGGAGAGAGUUGAUCAGGCUAAGGUGUCUGAAAUCAUCUAUAAUGCUUCCAAAGGGUCGAAGUUCUUCACUCGAGAGGAAGUCAGGGACAAAGAACUUACAGCGAAAAUCGAGGCCCUCGUCUCCAAGAAGCGACAUCUAGAGACCCAAGACCUCUCUCGUGAACUCCGAGCCGCCGAUAACCUUUUGGCUCAACUUGAGCAAUCGCGCGAUUUAACACAACACAUUGUGCAUGUCGACUGCGAUGCAUUUUAUGCUUCCGUAGAACUCCUGGAUCGCCCGGAGCUGAAGGAUCUUCCUUUUGCCGUCGGAGGAGCUGUCUUGACCACCUGCAACUAUGUGGCCCGACAGUUUGGUUGCCGCAGUGGCAUGGCAGCUUUUGUGGCCAAAAAGCUAUGCCCCAAGCUAAUCAUCAUUCCUCUCGAUUUCGACAAGUACAACGCAAAAGCAGCUGAAGUGCGCAAGAUUUUGGCCGAGUAUGACCCGCGCUUCGAAAGCGCGAGCAUUGACGAAGCCUAUCUCAACAUUACCGACUACUGCGCUCGAUAUAAUAUGGAUCCAGCCGAUGCCGUUAGUCAAAUGAGGAAAGAAAUCCAUGAGAAGACGAAAAUAACCGUUUCUGCGGGCAUUGCUGCGAAUGCCAGGUUGGCCAAAAUUUGCUCCAACAUCAACAAGCCGAACGGGCAGUUUGUUCUCCCGAGGGAACGAGAAGCCAUUAUGAAUUUCAUGAAGGAUCUCCCUUGUCGAAAAGUGAAUGGCAUUGGACGUGUCCUUGAGCGUGAACUAUCGGCCGUUGGCAUUAAGACCUGCGGUGAUAUCUACUUACAGAGGCAGUACAUCGAGAAGCUCUUCGGGCAAAAAACGUACGAGUUUCUCCUGCACUGUUACCUUGGCCUGGGACGAACACAUAUUCAACCUGCCGAGGAGCAUGAGCGUAAAAGUGUUGGCACUGAAAGCACGUUCCGUGAAAUGGAUGACCCCGCUCAGCUGCGCGCAAAGCUCAGACAGACAGCAGAAGAAUUAGAAUCCGACUUACGGAAGGCAGAGUGCAAAGGUCGCACUCUCUGCCUGAAAGUCAAGCUGCAUACAUUCGAGGUUUUGACACGCCAAGUUGUCACGCCCAAGGCCGUGUAUCUUGCGGACGAUUUGUACACCUAUGCGCUGCCAAUGCUAGAGAAGCUUGAGCGAGAAAUACCUGGCUUGAAAUUGCGCCUGAUGGGUCUCAGAUGUACUCACCUGGUUAGCAUGAAACGGCCCGACACACUGGCCUUCUUCGGUUUCAAAGCCCACCUACCUGAACACUCGACGUCUCUUGGAGUUAACAACUCAAUGACCGAGAAGAACGGUAGCAAUGAUGAGGCAGAUGGGGACAAGCACAAUGUCCUUCAUAAUCCUGAUACCUCAUCUGGCCUUUCACAUCAUAAGCAUGGGAAGGAAAUUGUGCCCAAUCCUAAGGAUAAUUCUACCUUAGUGGAGGAGGAGCGGUGGGAAUGUCCUGUCUGCUCCAGGUCUCAGCCGGCAGAUGAGAGACAGUUUAACGAGCAUAUUGACCUGUGUCUAUCAAGGCAGGCUAUACGCGAGAACUCGGAGGGUGCUGGGACUCCUCCGAAUCCGAAAAUCGACAAUAUUCCUCUUCUUGCUCCAAUUCGUUCCCAGGAAGCCGCGCUGCACAAUCUAGCGCGACCGGCAGCCGUUGAUGGCGACCACAUGACAUGCCAGCACAAGGAAGCACUUUGGAUGUGACAGUCCAGUGAUAUUUGA